CUUGAAUAAAAUGUCUUUGGCAGUAUCCAGAAUUAGUAAAAAAGAUAGAAAUGUCAAGAAAACUAAAAAAAUAAGAAGAAAUAAUGAGUCUGUUUUGGAAUUAGCUGAGAAAAUCAAAAAGAAUUAUAGGAAAAAACAAGAAAAAAAACAAAGUGAACCGCAUUUAGGAACUAUCAGUAAUGAGAAUAAUGAUACGAAUAAAGACAAAAUAAAGCAAAAGCAAAAGCAAAAGCACAAGGGAGUAGUAGAGAAAGUGGAAAAAGAAGAAAAGGAAGAAAAGGAAGAAAAGGAAGAAAAGGAAGAAAAGGAAGAAAAGGAAGAGAAAGAAAAUAAUAGUAAACCAAAUAUUGAAUCGUUUUCUGAUUUAAAUUUAAUACCAGAAUUGUUGGAAGCGUGUGAAAAGUUAAAUUUCAAGAAACCAACACCAAUUCAAAUUGAAUCUAUUCCUCCUGCUUUAGAAGGCAACGAUAUAAUUGGGUUGGCUCAAACUGGGUCAGGAAAAACAGCAGCAUUUGCUAUUCCCAUUUUGCAAGCACUAUGGCAUGCCAGAACCUCAUAUUUUGCAUGUGUAUUAGCACCAACAAGAGAAUUAGCGUUUCAAAUAAAGGAAACGUUUGAUGCCUUGGGUAGUGAUAUGGGCUUGAGAUCAUGUUGUAUAGUGGGAGGAAUGCCUAUGGUUGAUCAAUCGAUCCAGUUGAUGAAAAAACCUCAUGUAAUCAUAGCUACUCCCGGUAGAUUGGUUGAUCAUUUAGAAAACACAAAAGGAUUUUCUUUAAAAUCGUUGCAGUAUUUAAUAAUGGAUGAAGCUGAUAGAUUGCUAGAGUUAGAGUUUGGGCCUGCCAUUGAUACUAUAUUGAGAGUGAUACCAAAUAAAAGAAGAACAUUUUUAUUUUCUGCUACAAUGACAACAAAAUUAGAAAAAUUACAAAGAGCGUCGUUACACAAUCCAGUUAAAGUUAUGAUUUCCGAUAAAUACUCUACAGUUGACACGUUGAUUCAAAGGUUAAUUAUUUGUCCAUCUUCACAAAAAAACACAUAUUUAAUAUACUUAUUGAAUGAGAACAUUGGAAAGUCAAUAAUAGUGUUUACAAGAACCUGUGCACACGCUCAGCGUUCUUCCCUUUUGUGUAGAAGUUUGGGAUUUUCUGCCAUACCAUUACAUGGUCAAUUGACACAAACUCAAAGAAUUGGGGCCUUGAACAAAUUCAAAAGUGGUGCUAAACUCAUUUUAUUUGCAACGGAUGUUGCAGCAAGAGGUUUGGAUAUUCCGCUGGUUGAUCUAGUGAUAAAUUAUGAUAUUCCUACAGAUUCAAAGGCAUACAUUCACAGAGUGGGCAGAACUGCGAGAGCUGGAAAAAGUGGCAAAUCAAUAUCGCUUGUAACUCAAUAUGAUAUUGAAUUGUUGCAUCGUAUUGAAAGUGUGAUUGAUAUGAAGAUACCUAAAGAAGACGUUGAUAGAGAUGCUAUUUUAACUCUUCACGAUUCUACUGAAAGAGCCUACGGUGAUGCUAUCAGAAAAACCAGAGAGUUUCAGGAAAACAGAAGGUUCAAGAGCAAGGGAAGAAGAACGAAUAACGAAGAAGAUAAAGGUUAGGCUAUGACGAAUAUGUAUUUCGCUAAACACCAUUGAUAGUUAUCAAAGUAAUUGCUUAUUAUGCAAUAAGCCAGCUGUAUAUUUUAUAAUACAAGUAUUUCAAACCGUAA